AAUGUCACCCAGACGUGUUUUUUCAUGACGAUUCUAGUUCUCUGAUUUCAUUCUUACAUUUCUCGUUUUAAAAAGAUAAAGUGCUUUGGGGGUGGGGGGGGCAUGUUGAAAGUUAACUGAAGACGGCAAAGAAAAAACUCCACCGUAGUCAUGGCUGAAGGAGAGAAUGAAGUGAGAUGGGAUGGACUGUGCAGUAGAGAUUCAACUACUAGAGAGACAGCUCUGGAAAACAUUAGGCAAAUCAUUGUGAGAAAAACCGAGUGUCUUCGUUUGGUGAAAGAGACAGCUUAUCGUCCAGCAGACGGCCUUUCAAAUGCAGUUUCUUUGGAUGGAUUGAAUAAGCUUCUUGCUCAUCUGCUUAUGCUUUCUAAGAGGUGUCCCUUUAAAGAUGUGAGAGAGAAAAGUGAGUUUAUCCUGAAGAGCGUCCAGGAACUUGGAAUUAGAAUUCCUCGACCACUAGGACAGGGACCAAGCAGAUUCAUCCCAGAAAAGGAGAUUCUCCAAGUGGGGAGUGAAGACGCACAGAUGCAUACUUUAUUUGCAGAUUCUUUUGCUGCUUUGGGUCGUUUGGAUAAUAUUACCUUAGUGAUGGUUUUUCACCCACAGUAUUUAGAAAGUUUCUUAAAAACUCAACACUAUCUACUGCAAAUGGAUGGGCCAUUACCCCUACAUUAUCGGCACUACAUUGGAAUAAUGGCUGCAGCAAGACAUCAGUGCUCCUACUUAGUGAAUCUCCAUGUGAAUGAUUUUCUUCAUGUUGGUGGAGACCCCAAGUGGCUUAAUGGUUUAGAGAAUGCUCCUCAAAAACUACAGAAUUUAGGAGAACUUAACAAAGUGUUAGCCCAUAGACCUUGGCUUAUUACCAAAGAACAUAUUGAGGGACUUUUAAAAGCUGAAGAGCAUAGCUGGUCCCUUGCAGAACUGGUACAUGCAGUAGUUCUACUCACACACUAUCAUUCUCUUGCCUCGUUCACAUUUGGCUGUGGAAUCAGUCCAGAAAUUCAUUGUGAUGGUGGCCACACAUUCAGACCUCCUUCUGUUAGUAACUACUGCAUCUGUGACAUUACAAACGGCAAUCACAGCGUGGAUGAGAUGCAGGUCAACUCAGCAGGAAAUGUUUCGGUAAGUGAUUCCUUCUUUGAGGUUGAAGCCCUCAUGGAAAAGAUGAAGCAGUUACAGGAAUGUCGAGAAGAAGAGGAGGCAAGUCAGGAAGAGAUGGCUUCACGUUUUGAAAUAGAAAAAAGAGAGAGCAUGUUUGUCUUCUCUUCAGAUGAUGAUGAAGUUACACCAGCAAGAGAUGUAUCACGUCACUUUGAGGAUACUAGUUAUGGCUAUAAGGAUUUCUCUAGACAUGGAAUGCACGUCCCAACAUUUCGAGUCCAGGACUAUUGUUGGGAAGACCAUGGUUAUUCUUUGGUAAAUCGUCUUUAUCCAGAUGUAGGACAGUUGAUUGAUGAAAAAUUUCACAUUGCUUACAAUCUUACUUAUAAUACAAUGGCAAUGCACAAAGAUGUUGAUACCUCAAUGCUCAGACGGGCUAUUUGGAACUAUAUUCACUGCAUGUUUGGAAUCAGAUAUGACGACUAUGACUAUGGUGAAAUUAACCAGCUAUUGGAUCGUAGCUUUAAAGUUUAUAUCAAAACUGUUGUUUGCACUCCUGAAAAAGUUACCAAAAGAAUGUAUGAUAGCUUCUGGAGGCAGUUCAAGCACUCUGAGAAGGUUCAUGUUAAUCUGCUUCUUAUAGAAGCUAGGAUGCAAGCAGAACUCCUUUAUGCUCUGAGAGCCAUUACCCGCUAUAUGACCUGAUGCCUUUCCUCCAUUAAAGAUGAUGGAACGAUCAGCAGAUAUAGUCUACAAGGGGAAGGUACUCAGCCCCAGGACCAAUGGUAGAUAAAAGAAUUCAAAAUCCAUUGUGCCAUGAUUCCUUUAGUUUCUGCCAUUUUACUGUGGAAACACCACUGCUGGCACAAGCAGUGAGUGCUCGGCAGCUUCAAGUUUAGAGCUGUGAAGAAGGGCUGCUGUUCACAGUAUUUUGCUUUUUGACAGUACAAGAUGCUGUAUAACUGUUUUAAUACAGCAAAUAGUAACUCUCCAAAUCCUGUUGCUUUUAUGUUAAAAAAUAACAAAAAUUGGAGCAUGCAAAGAAUGGGACUUUGAUAAUGAUAUAAGCUUUUAUACAUAAAGAAUUUUAGAUAUUGGUGCUGCUAUUCCUGCUGGUGGAAUGAAUAGAGUGGCUGUUCCGGUUAAGCUAUCAGUAAUAAGGUGAACACUGCUACUAUCUGAGCCUACAUACAUUAAAUUUGUGUGGUUUCAAAUUAAACUUACUUAUAUGUUAAUUUUUUUGCAUCUAAAAUUACUCACAGCUCAUCAAAGACCAUUAUGAUGGUAACAGCUCAUUUUUUUCAUAGUUUUUUUUUUAAUUCAGUUAUUGGAUGAUAUUAAAUUACAGUGGCAUUCUUAAAGAGUUCUUCAAAAGGCAAUCUUACAUGAAAAAAAUGUUUAAAUUAUAAGAAAAAGCUGGCUACCUUUUGAUAUGCUGUUUCCCAAGGUUCUAUGACACUGGAGGGCAGCUGUCUUGUGCAGUGUUUUUGUUUCCAGCACCGAAGUUAUGGGAAAUAUUGUGUAGCUGCUGCUCAGUCCCAGGUGCAUUCUGCCCCUCUGCUCCUGCCCACCUCAUGGUCCCCCCUUCAAAGAUUGUGCAGCUCCUUAAAUAAUAAAGCUGGAAAAUAUUUUUAGUCAGGUUAUCAAAUUUGAUUUACAAAAAUGCUAACUUUGAAAUGCAAACAGGCUUGAAAAAUGUAUUAAGUACUUUGUAUUCUGGAAGCGUGAAUUGCUUUUGAAGUCUGUCAGUAUUAUUAGUAUUUUUCAAUAAAGAAUAAUUUUUCUCCAAUUUUA